ACAAUUUACUACCUGACAACACAGUUUCAAAAUUAGUCUUUUAACCAAACACUGGUUUUCAUGAUGGCAACAUGGCAAGAAUCGGCUGCGAGAUACCGCUCAAUUAUGGCCGAGAAAAUCCCAAAGGAAUGGCGACUACCAGCCUCGAUUACGGAUAAUAUUUCUCAGACUUCAGAGCAGAACGUUUUGGAUAUUCCAAGAACAUGCGACAUUUUGACAAAGGAAGAAUUAGACAUCACUGAAAAUUAUGAUGCGGUGGCGAUGGCCGAAUUGUUAGCACAGGGGAAGUUCACAUCUGUUGCCGUCACUACAGCCUUCUGCAAGCGUGCUGCGAUUGCCCAACAAUUAACAAACUGCCUUACCGAAACAUUUUUUGACAUUGCUCUCAAGCGCGCAAAAUUCUGCGACGAUUACCUAGCGAGAGAGAAGAAGACAUUAGGACCCUUUCAUGGCCUCCCGAUUUCUAUUAAGGAAUGCUUUGCGGUAGAAGGCGUUAGAACUACCCUUGGGUUUAUCUCGUUUGUUGAACGUCCUGUUGAAGAGUCCCAUUCAGCUGUGGCGCAGAUCCUCAUAGGUCAAGGUGCGGUUCUUUAUGUCAAGACCAACAUCCCACAAACUAUGAUGACUGCAGAAUCUGAUAACAACCUUUUCGGGCGGGUUCUUAAUCCCCACAGCCUCCUUUUAACUGCUGGCGGCUCAUCUGGUGGCGAAGGAGCUCUUCUCGCCAUGAAGGGCUCCAUCAUUGGAGUCGGGACUGAUAUUGGAGGUUCCAUUCGCAUUCCAGCUUAUGUGAACGGCACAAUUGGGUUCCGACCUACUGCCCGUCGCUUUCCCGUUGCUGGCCAGGAAUCUGCCGCUCGCCCAGGCGGGUGGGGCAUCCUUUCAACAGGUGGUCCACUCACACGCUCUGUUCGGGAUGUCGAAUACUUCCUCAAGAAUUUUCUAAGUGCCGAAAAUGAUAUUUGGUCUCUGGACGAAACUGCGAUGUAUGCACCAUGGCGGUCAGUGUCUCCAAGCAUCUCUGAGGUAGCCGGGAAGAAACUUCGAAUCGGUUUUGUCACGGAAAGCAAUAAAUUCCCUCUCCACCCAUCUGUGUUGCGGACUUUCAAAGACGCCAUUUCGAAAUUGGAGAUAGCAGGGCACAUUGUUGUGAACAUGGAGCAGCAUUUACCAUCGCAAUUCCUUGACAAGGCCGUUACUACUGCUUAUUACCUAUUUAGCAUGGAUCCCACCAAUUAUAUCCUCUCUCAGCUAAAGGUAUCCGGCGAACCACCCAUUCCGUCCAUAUCCAACACUUCUCUGCCAGAACUCAAACACUACCAGCCAACCGUCGACGAUGCCUUCCGUGUGAACCUCGAGCGGCGCGAGGUAUGUAACCAGUUCAAAAAUGCAUGGGUAAAGGAGGGGCUUGAUGUUCUUAUUAUGCCUGUGUACCAAGGAACUGCUGUUGGACACGAUACCUACGGUCCUGCGUUCUAUACUCUUCUUGCGAAUCUGGUCGAUUACCCUUCAGUUUCCAUUCCACAUGGCAACGCUAAUGCCGAACUUGAUGUUCCCUUUCGCCGCGAUGUCUCAUAUGUUCCAGCAUAUCUGCCCAAGGAUGUGGAAGGUGCGCCGUCUGGAUUUCAAAUCUUGGGCCGCCCUGGAAGGGAUGAGGAGUUGGUCGUGUCGUUGAAGAUUGUAGAGAAUGCUAUAAGAGCUUGAUUAGGAUUCAGUCGCAAAUUAUGAUCACUGAAAGAGGGCUUCUUGUUAAAAUUAGAACUUUAUUUUGAACUGUGC